CAUCGCUGCUCGUGUGCUCUGCCCCUCUUCUCUCUCCUUCGCCUCCAAUCCGCAGCCUCGCAGCCUCCAGAGCCCCGGAUCUCCACUCCUCCCGCUCUUGGACGCUUCCUGGCUGGCUGCCCUGCUGGACUGGUUGGCUGGUCUUUUGCGUCUCUGAUCCAUGGAGGGGCCCGGCCUCGAUAAAUUGGGAAAGUUUCUGGAGACAGACUGAAGUGGAAUCGCGAGCGAGAGAGUCCCGAGUGCAGCGCAGUGCAGGGCCUUAAGUGACUCUGGCCGGGCCAGCGAGUUCUUGUGCCAGAGAGCGAGCGAGAGUGGCGAGAGUGUGAGCGAGUCUGUCCAACGGACUUGGGCUCGUGAAGGACCGCUCCGUGAGUGUGGUCGAAGAGACAAGGAGGUCCUGGAAUGAGUGGGAGAGCGAGUUGCAGUAAUUGAUGGGCUGAGCCUUUCGCAGACGGGCAGUUGAGAGGCUGGCGAGUGAAGAGUUCAUGUGCACGCACGCACUGCGGACGGGAGCGACCCGAGGAUCAGAGACCUUCGCUGUGCAGGCGAGAAUUCUUGACGUGGGGGAAGGAGUGCGGGUCGGGGAUUUUCAAAGAUAAGGUCCCGGUUUGGUUAAAGAGCGAGCGUCGCGCCUGGGUUUGACCUGAUCGCAGGUUCUCGACUCCUGGAGUCGGCGACGUCGAGGACUACCAGUGAGUGAGCCGUGAGUGCGGUGAGCCGUCGGAGUCCUCGAGUGAUCGCAAUGCUGAAGGUCGUAGCAUCUGGCGCCACCGCUGUCGCCUCUCUCGGGGUCGUGAGGAGCGGUCGUGAAUGUGGGCGAGAUGGGAUUGGGCUCGAGCAGCUGAGACACAGGGCGCUGCCGAGCUUCCCGAGUCUGGGAUUGAGCAGCUUGGAAUUUAAUCCGUUGAUGACGAGAACCGGAAUUCAACGCAGGAUUCGAAUUCAGCGCAGCAUCGGUCCUCCCUCCGUUUUGCAGAUUGAUGAGCACCAGCAUGGUGAAUCUCCAGCUCCCAUCGAGGAGCACCUGCUCGAGACUGAGCAAUCCGCUGAUGUUGCCGACAAAGUUGAGAGUAGUUUUCCCGACACUCCCGCUGUCAGUAAAAUGCAGCAAAGAUUGACCAAGAGACAAACAGAACGUAAAGCAUACCUCUUAGCAGCCAUCGCAUCUACGACAGGAUUCACCACGCUCGCCGUCGCCGCCGUCUUCUAUCGUUUUAUCUGGCAAAUGCAGGGAAGUGGCGAGAUCCCGUACACAGAAAUAUUCGGAACAUUUGCCCUCGCUGUUGGAGCCGCGGUUGGGAUGGAAUACUGGGCUAGAUGGGCGCACAAAGCUCUGUGGCACGCAUCGCUGUGGAACAUGCACGAGUCACAUCACCGACCCAGAGAAGGACCUUUUGAAAUGAACGACAUCUUUGCUAUCAUAAACGCAGUUCCCGCCGUCUCUCUGAUGCUCUACGGAUUUCUUAACAGAGGACUUGUUCCUGGUCUCUGCUUCGGAGCGGGUUUAGGCAUCACUAUGUUCGGUAUAGCCUACAUGUUCGUUCACGAUGGUCUUGUACACCGACGAUUCCCAGUCGGACCUAUCGCCGAUGUCCCAUAUCUUCAGAAGGUUGCCGCAGCCCAUCAGCUUCAUCACGCUGACCUUUACGAGGGUGUACCCUAUGGUCUUUUCCUCGGCCCAAAGGAGCUGGAAGAAGUUGGAGGAUUGGACGAACUCGAGAGAGUCAUGAAGCAGAGAGCCAAGCCCUCUGCAUCCUCCAAGUAGCUGUAGCCGGUCGAGCAUUCGAAAGAACACUUGCUGACAAUUUUGCUGGUGAUGAAAAUUUCAGUCAUCAGCAAGUGGACUGCUUCUUAGUAUCCCGUCAAACGAAAGAUUGCGGGAAAGAUAAUCUUGUACUUUAGCGGACGAGGAAGUUCCGGAUCACAUCUCUCGCGCACGAGGUGAGCGAGCAAAUGCAGGGCCCAUUGAGCUGUGGGUUCUCUUCACCAAUUCAUUACUGUACAAAGUCCACGGAAGAACCCAGAAGGAUAUAAACGAUUUUCGUCCAGGCAAAAGUCUAGGGCGAACGAUGAGUGUAUACAAGACUCGCCGGGAAGAUAAUGAAAUACUGGUUUGCGAGAAGCUUGAGGGAGGUGAACUUUGGCCACUGUACCAUAUCCAAGAAAUGAAAUAAUCUGUUUUGUUCAGUAUGAGCAAGUGUUGUCUCAUCUCUAGCACAGUUUUGACCCGACCUGACCUCCGCCCGAUCGGAUGGUUCGAGUAUCGUCUCCAAUUCAAGCUCUCGCGAAGGUGGUUUGUGUAUUUCCAGUACAUCACUCCUCACACCCGGUUGAAACAUACUGACACCUAACAAUAACGCCGGCCCUAUGGGGUCUGCUCAUGUAAUGUCGUGGUUGCGCCUUGGGCCCCGAAUAAAAUCUGCUUUCAUCCUUUAUGCUCCUACUUGCACUCUUGCCACGAUGCUCCCUCUACUGUGGUG